AUGUCAAAAUCAAGUGGGGCCAGAAAUCCAUUCACGCACGACGAAGACAUUCUCCUUGCAAAGUAUAUCGCAACUCACAACCCAGGGCGCUAUGGAAGGAGCGGAAACGCGUUGUACAAAAAGCUGGUAGCAAACGAAGACCAGCGAUGGAAGUGGAGUCAGCGACACACAUGGCAAUCGUGGCGUGGCAGAUAUACAGAUCACACGGGCUGGUUUGACCAAGCAAUAGCCAAGUAUCAAGCGAAGAAGAACAUCGCAGUCGAGGAAGCUGAAACUAGUAAAUCGACGCGCACUGCAGGACGAUCAGACGUGAAGCAGAAGCGGAAGCAGCAGGACGACGACGUGAUUGAGACAGUGGACUCGAAACCAGAGAAGAAGCGGCAGAAGGUUGCCGCGACUACUGAAGAACGAGGGACCCAGGAGGAACUUGGAACACCACCCACGACCACGACAAAUGGCCCCCCCUUGAUCACGACCGAUUCUCAAAUCAGCAAAGCGUCGGAAAAUUCAGAUGUCAAGGGGAAAUGGAAGCGGGAGGAGGAGGAGAAUACCAUGUUAGGAAUCGGAGCAAAGCAGGAGGAGAAACAGAGGAACAUUACGACGCAGGCGAAGCCUACUACGCCUCCGACGAACGUGACCGAGGAAGACGAUCCUCUCUUCACUCCCAAUGGCAGAACGAACGAGGAAGCUGAAGAUGAGGGUGAAGUUGCGGAACAAGUCACACCGGUUGACGAGGGGAAGCCCGUACAGGAGCCUGGCUCAAGAGACGGAGGAAUCUACCCCUCCUUGGAUAAACUACCUUCCCCAACCCUUGCUGCGCCAAUGCCUGGCUCGUUUGUCAACGGCACCUCCCGUCCUCCCAAGCCCAAGCCGCGAAAACGCAAAAGCGUCGUAGAUGACGACCCCUUCGUAUCAUCCCCUGCACCUGAUUCUCCUGUCAACGCACAGAUAUCUUCGCAAAGGGUUCGCAAGCCCCCGAUGCUCACGCAGCGGCCAUUUGGAGGCACUGUGCAUUACUCGUCUCCCCGAUGCAAAGAGGACGACAGUGAGCACGAGUCGGACGGGCAGACCGAUGGGCAUUGGCCCCCGAUCAGGGCGAAAGCUGUAGAGUCUGUGGUAGGUCAAGGAGAGCUCGCAGGCAAAACACGCGAGUUACCCAAGGAAGACUCUCAGCAGCGCAGGCUGUCGCAUAGGGAGGUGCAGACGGAUGCAGAGAUGAGCGUGCCUCUAGCAUCGACGUCACGAGUUACGCUGGAGGUGAUUAAUCAGACGGGAACACAUCAAGCCACUAAACGUAGCACCGAGUCUCUUGAUCUGAAUGUGGUGGAAAAGCGCCGGCUGAAGUCAGUUGACCAUCGGCGGCGGCGGAUGUCUGCAAUGGCCGAUUUUGUUCGUACGGACGAACUGUCCACCAGGAACGUCGAGCGUCUUCGAGAACGAUAUGACGGGCGUCGACAUUCAGCGACCGGGCUUGCCACGAGGUCGAGUUCGAAGGACUCAGACCUACGAAUUAACUCGCUCAAGCGAGGAGUGCAGUGCUCUACCCGUUCACCCCCCGCCGUUCCUCCUCCAUUUAUACCAUACAAAACGCUUGUUCCGCCAUCCGCCGUCCCUAAUGAAGAAAGGGAUCUCAUCAAUUCGUUAGGCGUGAGCGCAGCCAUCGCGCAUCUCGCCAAAAUGCACGGCUUCGGGCAAGAAGUAGCGUGGAAUGUCUGGAAAGCAGCACGAAGUAUUCGCCAUACCGACGCCGUGCUCAAGGGUAUGCGUCAAAGUGCCGAGAUGGAAGGAUUGAAACUGCUGGAAGAAGUCAUCGACGCGGAUAGGACCAGUGCCAGUGACGUACCUGAACCCCAGGCCGACAGUGACGAUGCGGAUGAUGAAGAUGACGGUACAUCUGUCAGGGCUGACCCUGAUGAACACAGAAUCACCGCCGAGAGCACGCCCGCACCACGCCGUCGGAGGAAAUCCCUACCCUUUGAAUAUACACCAAUACGACCUGGUCAAGAGCUUGAAAAUGACUGGCAACCACCGCCGAGCACGCGCGCGGCGACUCUCUCUCGGCUGUUUUUGCAAGGUCGGUGGGAUGAGGCCCUUGCAAGGGAACAACGCAGAGCCAGUCUGAGCAGCAGGAGCCUCACGUACACACCGGAUCUACAUACGAGUGUCACGAAAACAGAACCUAGUAACGACAUGCAAAUGACGGGAGUCUCGUUAGGGUUGCCCUCUCGGACUCAGACCCCUGCCUUCCAAUGGACGAAGAAGCACGACGACGUAAUGCUUCGAGCUGGAUUCGAAACCGAAACGGACGUUUUCAAAUUGGAAUCGCAGGUUGGGGAUGUCAGGGCCAUGAGGCAGCAUUUUGUUCGUCUACUUGAUAUCCUACAUCCUACUCAAGCUACUGCAUAA